CUUGCGAAUGAUCCAUCCUAAAUAAUUUAGUGGUACAUUUUUUUUUGUUCAACUUAAUCAUGAACAAGCGACAUAGUAUUUUGGCUAUUUGGUUCUUCGUUGUUUUUGUAAUCCAAGUGUUUCAUACGUAUGAUCCAACAGUUAACUAUGAAAUAUUUCUCGAGAUGGAAAAUAGUAAAUACGCAGAAAUAACUGGACAAAAAAUUGAUGAACUCAUAAAUCUUGGAGAGCAAACUGAAAACUUUCCGAACAUGAACCGUAAAGAAUAUAUCGUGUUUUUUCAUGCUGCACACUUCGAUGUGGUAAAAGCUCAUGCCAUGAUAGUCCAACAUUAUGCGCUUAGAACCGAAAUGCCAGAAAUAUUUAACCGUGACAAUACAGAUCCAGAAUUAAGCGAGUUGGACCAAGCUAAACGCGUCAUGAGUCAUUCGAUAUUGUUUAGCGAUUCGUAUCAGACAACACGUGGCCAUGUUGGGUAUCGUUACGUAUACUUCCGUUUCAUAGAUAAAGAUCCUGCACAUUUUGUAUUCAUCCAUCAAGUCAGAUACUUUUUCUACAUGAUAAAAUGUAUGCUUAUAGAAUACGGAACGUUUGACGGUCUUGUAGUGAUCGUGAACGGAGAAGGUUUCAAACUUUGGCACUUUUUAAAAUUCAACCUUCGUCUACUCCUUCCUUUAAAGAAACUCAUACAAGAUGCACCACCGACGCGGAUAAAAAAUAUUUACAUUUUAAAUACAAAUCGUUUUAUGAAAUGGGCAUAUAAUAUAGCCAAGCCAUAUUUAUCUCCAGAUCUUGUUCAAAAGAUUGUGCUUUGCCUUCAAGAUUCAAAUGCUGUUUACAAUGGUGUCGAUGGUGUUCCCAGGACAAUUAUGCCUAUAAAUGGAUAUAAGAAUGGAUUAGGACCGAAUUAUGAAGUCCAAGCCUCGACAACAUAUGCACUUAUGGAAAGAUUUCACAAUCGUUAUGGGCCGAAUACUGAUGAUAGAGCACAUGAAAUACGCGUUAUGUGAUAUAUUAAAUUAUAUACUUAUUCAUAUUUAAAUAAAAAAUUACAGUAAUUAAUAUUGUUAAUAAAACCACCUCCAAUUAGUUAAUCAAUUUAAAUAACACAAUGAUCAUAAUAAUAUGUUAAUUAGUAUCAGUGUCUUUUUUUAGAAAGGA